UUUCACGUCGCCAUCUUAAAGUGCAGUGUCAUCGGCGGGCUUCGUGUUGCUUCGUGUCAGUACUCGUGAGCAAGGUGAAGAAUUUGUUGGUCGCGUUAAACAGCAAUUUUUUUAUAUCAGCAAAUAUGUCUAGUGGAGCGCUUUUUGGUAAUAAUACUUCGCGCAGCACCUCGAAAAAUCUUGUAGAGUUUAAAGCUGGCAAAAUGACCAUGAAAGGAAAGAUGGUUUAUCCAGACACUCGAAAGGGCCAGCUUUAUGUCUGUCAGUCUGAAGACUCGUUAAUGCAUUUCUGCUGGAAGGAUCGCACAACCGGAGUAAUCGAAGAUGACCUGAUUAUCUUCCCUGAUGAUUGUGAAUUUAAACAUGUUCCUCAAUGCAAGACUGGCAGAGUGUAUCUUUUAAGAUUCAAAUCAUCCAGUAAAAAAUUCUUCUUUUGGCUACAGGAUCUUAAAACAGAUAAAGAUGAGGAACUCUGCAGAAAGAUUAACGAUGUACUUAAUAAUCCACCGACUCCUGGAUCCCAAAGAGGUGGUGGUGCUAAUGCAGAGGGAGAUCUUCAGAAUUUAUUAAAUAAUAUGUCACAGCAACAGCUCAUACAGUUAUUUGGUGGUGUUGGUCAAAUUGGUGGCCUGGGUAGUUUAUUAGGUACAAUGAAUAGACCGCAUGGUGUUCAAAGCACAAGAGCUUCCACCACGACUACAUCCACUCCAGCCACUACGAAUAUAGCCAGACCGCCCCAUUCGCUCACUCCUGGACCUAAUACAGACUCCAAAUCUUCAAGUAAUAAUAAAUCAUCUGCGAGAACACCAGCUCCGUCCACGCCAGCCACGACGGCAACAACUGCUAACAACAGAAUACAGCUUAGUGAUUUGCAAAAUUUUCUAUCAGAAAUUCCAACACCACCUCGGGCAGAACCAGCUGUUCAGAGGGGUGUAGCAACAGAGCUGACCAAAGCCAUCCCUGCGGUGAUCUUGGACAGCUUGGAGAGCUUCGAGAGUGCCAUCAUGAACAUGCACUUGCCACCAGGGGACAACCUAUCUACCACGCUAUGGUCUCCCCAGUUCUCCCAGGCGCUAUCAAUGUUCUGGUCUGCUUUGCAGUCGGGACAGGCGAGCCCUGUCAUCCAUCAAUUUGGCUUGGGACCGGAUGCCGUCAAUGCCGCAGCCACUGGAAACAUCGAAGAAUUUGUCAGCGCUCUGGAGUCCGAAGCGAAGAGCGGUCAGGGACAACAAGCGCAACAGGGACAAGACGACAAGAGCAAGAAGCAAUCAUCAUCAGCCACUAGUCCUGAUAAGAAGGAUGAUGACGAUGAAGGCAUGGCUUUAGAUUAAAGAUGGAAUUUGUACGCCUUUUUGAUUUCAAAUUUUUUUUUUCUAUUUAGUAAUCACGCAAUGCAUCUUAUGUUAUAAUGAUCUGCAUAUAAUAAAAAUGUUUUCAACAGA